GGUGCCUUAGCGCGGCCGCCGCGGCGGGUCGCGGCGAGCGGCGGGGAGCCAGGACUUCCGGGGAGGGGCGUGCGCUUGUCUGCACCCCUCCCCACCCCUGUACCCAGCCGGGUCGCCCCGGGCUCUGCGGACCAGGUGGGGGCGUCGGGGCGGGGUCGCCGUCUUUUCUCAGGUGCCGCCUCCGAGCUGCCUGAGGCCCCGCCAUGGCCCAGCAGAGAGCGCUGCCGCAGAGCAAGGAGACGCUGCUGCAGUCUUAUAACAAGCGGCUCAAGGACGAUGUCAAGUCCAUCAUGGACAACUUCACCGAGAUCAUCAAGACCGCCAAGAUCGAGGACGAGACACAAGUGUCGAGGGCCACUCAGGGCGAGCAGGACAACUACGAGAUGCACGUUCGAGCUGCCAACAUUGUCCGAGCUGGUGAGUCCCUGAUGAAACUGGUGUCUGACCUCAAGCAGUUCCUCAUCCUCAAUGACUUCCCUUCGGUGAACGAGGCCAUCGACCAGCGCAACCAGCAGCUGCGAGCCCUGCAGGAGGAGUGUGACAGGAAGCUCAUUGCCCUGCGGGACGAGAUCUCCAUCGACCUGUACGAGCUGGAGGAGGAAUAUUACUCGUCCAGCUCAAGUCUUUGCGAAGCUAAUGACCUGCCUCUGUGCGAAGCGUACUGGAGGCUGGACCUCGACACAGACUCUGCUGAUGGCCUCUCGGCCCUUGUGCUGGCGUCCCCGGAGCCCAGCGCUGGCCCCCUGCAGGCUGCGGCCCCGGCCCACUCCCAUGCCGGUGGCCCCGGCCCCGGCCCCGGCCCCACGGAGCACACCUGAGCCUCCCAGGGCUCCCCUCCCCACACCCCUAGGUUCUUAGGAAGUCUGGUGUCCCUUCCGGGCUCGCCACAGCUUUGCUCCUCUCAGCCUUGCUUCCCCUUGAGAACUUUAGCCCAGGGACAGCUGCCCCCCCCACCCCCUGCCAGGAGUGUUGGGGAGAAGUAGCUCCCCCAGCCGUUUCCAAGGUGGCCCAUCUCCCUCUGAGUGGUCACCUCUGUUCACAACCCUCCUGGCCUGCUGGGCAGAAGGUUCCUGGACAGUCCUGUUGAGGCCCCGGUAGUGGGGCAGGAGGAUGUCCUGCUAUUUAAAAGCUGCAGGAUGGUGCUCAGAGUGGACAGUAUUAGCCAAGUCCAGACUCCCCCUCUCAGGCCAGGCCCUCUGUGCAGAGCUACACCCGCUGCCUUGUCCUAAGGGUCCCUGCACUAGCUGACUGUCCCCACAGGGCUGUGGCGGGGAGAGAGAUGCUGCCUGCUCUCGCUGAAGCCAGGACUGGAACCUUCCUAAUUCUGCCAUAUAUGUUCUGGUAGUUUUGUAAUAAGACAGUUGAAUAAAGACAGCACUGCCCUUU